AUGCAAUCAGCUCCUCUAUUUCGAAGAAAUUACAUAAAUUUUUGGAAAAACGAUAAAUGUGAAAAGUUCAUGAAACAACGCUAUUUCACUAGUGCAUCAACAAUGUCUGACAAAACAUGUAGCAGUAGCAAAGAAGAGGGAAAUAAUAAAAAGGAGAAAAAGAAAGUAGGAAAAUUUAAUGAAAAAAAAAAUGACAACUCAGGAGAAAAAGAAGAUGAUAAAGAAAAUAUGCUGAACGAGUCAGAAAAUUUCGAAAAAGAGGAUGAGGGGAAAAAAGAAAUAAAUUAUGAAACAUAUAACAAAAUUGAUUUAAUUAACAAAAUAAAAAGAAUUAAAAAAGAUAUGGAAGAAAAAAUCGUAGAUAAUAAAAUACUAAAAGAAAAAUACUUAUCUGUGUUAGCAGAAAAUGAAAAUUUAAGAAAUAGAUAUAUGAAAGAAAUUGAAAACAGUAAAUUAUAUUGUAUUAGUAAUUUUGCAAAGUCGUUACUAGACGUUGCUGAUAAUUUAGCUUUAGCUAUUAAAAACAUAAAUGAAGAAUCAUUAAAACAAAAUGAAGAAAUAAAUAAUAUAUAUAAAGGAAUUCAAAUGACAGAAACGAUACUACAUAACAUUUUUAAUAAGUACGGAAUUGACAAAUAUAACCCGAUUAAUGAAAAAUUCAAUCCUUUAUUUCAUGAAGCAAUUUUUGAAAUUAAUGAUAGCACCAAAGAGAAGGGGACUGUUGCAACGGUUAUACAGCAAGGCUACAAAAUAAAGGAUAGAAUAUUAAGAGCUGCUAAAGUCGGAGUUGUGAAGAAUUAA